GGGAGAUUGAUAAUGUGCUGAAGCCUGUGCAUGUGGCCUUUGACCAUUGGGCUUUUCUCACAGGAUGUCUCGCAACUAGCUGCAUUCAAAACAGCGAUGAUCAUCAAAAUAAACCAACCUGGUGGUGCCGUGAUGGCAUGCUCAAAAGAAUCACAAAGGUUGCACUCAAUGCAAAAACAAAAAGUGACAGAAACACAAAAAGGGCUGAUAGAAACGCAAAAUGGCUGAUAGAGCUGAACACAGUAACAAUGCCAUUAUUGUCCAGUUGUCCUUCACUCGGGCAUGUGCUUUGUCCGGCAGAACCACUCAGGGAAUUCUCAACAGAGGCUUUGUCGUUCGUGGAACCUCUGCUGAGUUGAAGGAAGCAUCUGCUCUAUUCAAGUAUGUAUCAGAAAAUGAUGAAGCCAACGCAAGCGAAUUCCAAAUGUACUCUGAAUUAUCGAUGGAAGGUGCUGCAUACAUGGAAGCCGAAGAGGAGGGCAGAGCAGGUUGCACUGAUUUGGAGAGAGGGGAAGCUGGUUUGUGGGUUUUGAUCCAUGGUCUUGGCAGCCCUUCUGGUUUGACAAUGAAUGGCAAAUUUGGCACCAUCUGCAUGGAUGGGUCGGAAGAGGGCCGAGUUGCAGUACAGGUGGAUGAAUCAGUGCACCCAAACGGAUCAAACGACAGAAUUUACUGGAGAUCCCAUUUUCCGAGAACAAUGUGACACUCAUUUCAACUAUGAUGGAAGAUGGCCAGUGGAAGUAUGUCAGAGUUUCCAGAGAGCUAGGACUAGCUCGUGUCUUGGUGGAACGGAUGUGACAUUUGGGUGGCUGCCUUUCGUCGCUUUCUGCUUGCCUCAGCCUUUCUAUUGAUUUCACACUGCGGUACCAUGUAGCCAACCCUACCGGUAGCACACCCAACUGGAUCGAAGGCUUUGCUUUUAGCUCCUGUACUGCUACUUGCUGAGUGCACUACAUGUACUUGCUGAGUGCACUACAUUUUCCGCCCUGUACUCGCCAGCUAUUUC